UUCAAAAUUUACAUAUCCCAAAAGCUAACACUAAAAAACUCCUGGGGCCAAAAAAGUAACCGAUAUUAGACCAAUGUCCUAAUAUGCGGAGACACAGUGGGUUAUUAACUAUCUGACUUAUCCCUCAACAAUUUUAAAUGCUUCCGAAUCACAAGAAACUAAUUUAUUGAAUAAAUUAUUCAAAAACUUGCUCUCAAGCAAAAAUGGAUUAGAUGAAAUUUAUGAGCACGUAUCUGCAUUUGAGUUUCGUUCUUCAGUUGUUUACAAAACAAAGUGAUAACCUUACUUUACAAGUAAACUAAACUUAUAAAAACUGGUGUUAAGCCUAUAUUUAAAUUGGCCAAUUCUUCAGUAAAGCGAAUGUCAUGGUUUCUGAGGAUGAAUUACUAAACGGUUUUUACUUAUAAAUGAUACAUGAGUAGCAGUUCUGCAAAUGCUAUGAUGCAUUUUGUAGUCUUGAAGACAUCUCUGGAAGAGAGAGGACAGUAUGGACGUCUCAAGGCUGAUCUGCACUAUCAGCUGAUGUUAGCUCUGGGACUGGACAAACAACUGAUUGAUGCCAACAAACCACAGCCUCCACUCAGCAUCAGCAUGGUCAAUCAACUGAUCCUAGAGUAUCUCAACUGGAGUGGCUAUAACUUCUCAGGAUCUGUGUUUUCUGCAGAAUCGUCUGUCUCUUCAAAUCAGCUGUCCAGGGAGGAGCUAUGUAAACAGCUGAAUGUAAAGGACUCACCCUCUACGAGCCAGUUGCCUUUGCUGCUGGCUGUCCUAACCACUGUAAAAGAGGUCAAAACCAAAGACAAGGACUGAUUAUGAAUGCAUUUAUGCAUUAACUGUGGAUAUGUUAUGUAUUUCUAUUUUGUACUUGCCAAUAAAAUUUUAAUUUGUAA